AACUUGUAUAUGUGAAGAUAAUAACUUUUAGAAGCAUUUUAUGUUUCGUGAGAACAGCUUCAUGGUGGGAAAUCCUCUCCGGAUAGAGGUGAAUAACUUUUUGUAAUCUUAGGCGGUUUGCGAAGAUUCCUGAUAGACAUGGGGAACCAUAAGCCACAGGUCAGCAGAGUGUUUCUCGUGAUGAUAUACAUAACAUUAGUUUUCGGGCAGCUAUGCAAGAAUUGUCAGAGUGGGUGUGAUCAAGAGACAGGUGAAUGUUCCGGAAGCUGUAGUCUUGGUUGGGAUGGUCCCAUCUGCUCCAGAGAGAAUGUGGCAUUGAAGAGAAACACAACACAAUCAUCGACCUAUAACCAAUACAUAUCUAAACUCGCCGUGGACGGUGGGACAGAACAAGAGUUGUUAAGGACACCACCUACAUGUACUCACACACGAGAGAGAGUACAAUCCGCGUACUGGACGGUGACACUGGACACACAGUACAACAUCUACAGCUUCAGGAUCUAUAACAGAAAGGGAGAUUGUAAAGACGGACCAUGCGGUAACCGUCUUAAUGGUUUUACCCUGUCCGUGGGAAACUCCUCCCGGAAUUACACAGUGUGUUACCAGGACACCACCAGGGCUAUUUACGGUCCAGGGGACGUUAUUAAUGGAUCUUGUAACGCCAGCAGCCCGAUAUUAGGAGACACAGUGAAGAUUUUGAUCAACAAUCCCUGGCCGCUCACCCUGUGUGAAGUACAGAUAUUCGUGUGCACACCCGGGACAUACGGACCAGACUGUGGGAAGAGAUGUGGGAACUGUGCCGAGAGACCGUCCGUCUGUGACACAACAUCCGGGCUCUGUCCACAGAGAACACCGAGGUGCAUGCCGGGAUACCGCCCUGAGAAAUGUGAUGAAGUCUGCACCUUAGGAAACUACGGACCUGAUUGUGCUAUGAGAUGUGGACAUUGUGCGGAUGACCAAUUAUCUUGUGACACUGUAUCCGGAACGUGUGCCGACACAAAGCCCAGAUGCAUGCCGGGAUAUUCUGGUCCGAAGUGUGAUACAGCGGCCGCACUGGUGGAAGGCUUCUGGGCUAACCACUCUGACACAGAGGCCCUAACCUCCCUAGUAAGGCGGAGUACGCGUAGUAGUUAUCAUGACUAUAUAUAG